AUGGUCGAGUUUACAGACCUAAGAGAUGCAACGGUUCAUCGACGUCACAUCGAUCAAGUUCACUCCAACGAGACUCCCACUUCGAUUGAAGACCCUGUCGAAGAAACCCAAGAAAACCCACGCUGUGAUACGCCGUCAACAACCACAGAAGAUCGAAGGCAGCAGCCCCCUAUCCCGGGAAUGCCUACCGACGAAAAUACCCCACUGGAACUCCGACGACCAAUCAGAAGAGCAAGCCAAUUUGAAGAAGCUCUCUUGAGGAAGGAGAGUUGUGGUGAUCGAGGCCUAUGUGAUGACAUCUAUCCAGCAGCUGCUCAUUAUAGAUUCUGGACACUUGCGAUCAGUCGAAUUUGUUAG